GACUCUUAUAAACAGAUGAAAAAUUUGCCAUAAACAGAGAUUUCGUCAGUUGCAUAAAGUCGACCUCCCACGACCGAUAACGUAUCAGGUUGAGGAGAAAAAUGAGAGCACGAAUGAUUUAGAAAGUUCAAUCACCGCGUUUGCUCCGGAUGAAACAAGUUCCGAACGCUCUUAAAAAAACUUCAAUUUCUUUUGCCCAUUUUUUUGUAAUCCAGCGAGUACCCGUGCGGUGUCAGACACACGCAUCAAGUAACAAUCGAUAGCUCGGUAUAUGCACCCGCAGUUUCGUCUAGUGCAUUGACACCGCGUGUCUCAUUAAUUUCUGCCAGAAAUUUUGAUGUUAUUUUUACUGAAAAAGAGAGAAUGAUUGUUCUGAAAAUUUGGAGGGCUUGUGCAUCGCAGUCAUCCCGAAAAAUUCACACAACAACAUCUCAAUGCGAGGCGGUGGUCAUCAGCGGCAAACAAAUAGCAAAGGAUAUAAAGGAUGAAUUGAAGACAAUCGUCGACUCCUGGGUGGCGUCAGGACGCAAAAUCCCCCGACUCUCCGCGAUACUCGUGGGCAAUGACCCGGCGAGUGAAGUUUACAUCGGGCGAAAAGUGAAAGCGGCAAAUUCUAUUGGAAUUCGCGCUGAGACAAUUCUUCUGAAUGCCGAUAUCAAGGAGGAGGAGUUGAUACGAAAGAUAAAAAGUCUCAAUGAGGAUCCGGAUGUCGAUGGGGUUCUCGUCCAACUGCCACUGCCCGGGGGAUUGAACGAGAAAAUCGCCUGCGAAACGGUUUGUCCGAGCAAAGAUGUGGAUGGAUUUCAUUCCGAGAAUUUGGGACUUUUGAGCACUGAUAGCGAGGGAUUUGUGCCCGCUACGGCUCUAGCUGUCAGGGAACUGAUACUGAGGUCAGGGGUGAAAACCUUGGGACGUAAUGCCGUUGUCAUUGGACGCUCUAAGCACGUGGGACUGCCCACGGCACUUUUGCUUCAUGCUAAUGGAAAAGGUGACACUAGAGCUCUUGACAUGACGACAACAAUUUGUCACAUUCACACACCUCGAGCUGAGCUGAUAAAAUUUGCUAGCUUAGCGGAUGUAUUGGUGUCAGCAACAGGCGUCCCCGGCCUCGUCACCAAGGAGAUGGUGAAGCCAGGAGCUUGCGUCAUUGACGUGGGAAUUACUAGGGUGAAUACUCCGGAUGGGAAGACGAAAAUCGUUGGAGAUGUUGAUUACGAGGAAGUGAGGAAAAUCGCUGGGUUCAUCACACCCGUCCCCGGGGGUGUGGGACCCAUGACUGUUGCCAUGUUAAUGAAGAAUACUCUGUGGGCUGCGGAGAAGAAUCUUAAGAAUAAAAAAUAAUUUUUCACAGCUGUA